UAUAUUAUAAAACGUGUUAGAAUUUAGAAUAGAGUGCUCCUCGAGAUGAUCGUUACUAGUAUUUAAUUUAUGUUUCGAUUGAUAAUUUAUAGUUUAUUUCAUAAAUUUGCUGUAAAUGUCGGUCAACGGUUUUGAUUUCGGUUAUUUUAUUUUGUGUUUAAUUUCAUUAAUUUGGAUUUUAUGCACCUUGCGUUCUCAAUACCAUUCGUUCGUGUUGUUCUGCAACGGUUCCAGUAAAUGCAGGAUUCAGAUCUGGACCAAGGCAGACGGGUUGGAGUUGAUGAAAAAUAUAUUCACUUCCGACCCUCACCCAAUUUCAAGAAAAUGAAAAAGUUCUUGAAGUCAAAAAUAGACGAGAACAGUGUUCAGGCGGGGGAGUGUCCCUGUGCGGCUACGGAGGGCAUGGAGGGGGCCGGGGGGGGCGCGCCGCCGCCGCCGCUGCCGCUGGGCCCGCCGCCGCCGGACAGCCCCGGCCACGAGCCCGCCGCCGACACCCACGACGAGUUCAACGAGGAAAUACUCAACAAUAUUAAGAAGGAGAAGGAUGAUGGGGAGAAGCAGGUGAAGACAGGCGACGUGUGCCGCAACUUCAUCCGGGGCAACUGCACGCGCGGCGCCGGCACGUGCCGCUUCGCGCACAAGCACGACCUGGCCCUGCUCAAGAAGAUCACCAACUUCUGCCGCGACUACCAGAACUCCAUUUGCAAGCACAAGAACUGCAGGUUCGUUCACGCGAGCAUCUUCGAGCAAGAGAAGUUUUACCGAACUGGAGUGUUGCCGCCGCAUGCCACGGCGCAUGUGAGGAACAAUGCGGCGGGGUCGUUGGCCUCGCCCCCCGCGGCCCGCCCCGCUGUCAGGCUGAUGCCGCCGCCGCCGCCGCCUCAGCCAGCGCCGCUGCCGGCGCCCGCAGUGAACCUGGCCAACCCGCCUCCGAUAGUGCCGAUAUCUAUGGGGCUGGUGAAGCAGGGCACGCCGCCGCCGCCGCCCGGCUCCGCGGGCGCGCCGGCCGCCAAGCCCGGCCUCGGGGACCACGCGGCGCUCAUCAACAAGUUUGACAUGGCCUCGUUGAACCUGAACAAUGGAGUCAAAGCCUCUUCGUGUCCAAACUGCGAUGUGUUGAAAAAUAGGUUGCUGCACACCCAGAGUAAGGCAGCGACGAUUAACAACAGCAUCAAGAACAUGAAUCACGAGCUCGAAGACCUAGAGAAGAAGGAAAGGCGGUUGGACGCCGUAAUAAUAUACUUAUUGAAACAAAACGAGAGGACAGGCCGGCGACCGCAAAUAGGAAACUAAUAGUAAAUAAUUAGCUUAUGUUAAUUACAUUUAUGAGCAAGACUAUGCAUUUAUCGCCGUUACCAUGUCAUCAUGAAAUAUUUAAUAUUCAUU